CGAAACCCUCCGCGGCUGCUACCGAUCCAAUCCGAGAAGACCUGCUCGACGACGACCCUGCGUUUGCCGCGUACAGAGACAUAUUCAGCAAGUUUGGCGUCUCUUUUGUGGAGGAUCAGAUCGCCAAGGAGGCCAAUGCUGGAAACCAGGGAGACGUUUUCUUCGGCGACAAUGACGACAUCCCUGAUGAAGAGGAGGAAUCCGGCCAGCAGAAAUUAUCAAAGAAGAAGCGGAAGCAGCUAAAUAAACUAUCCGUUGCGCAGCUCAAGGCGCUCGUCGGCAUCCCGGAAGUGGUCGAAUGGCACGAUGUCUCAGCUUCAGAUCCCCGACUCUUGGUGCAAGUCAAGGCACAGCGAAACGUCGUUCCCGUACCGGCUCACUGGGCAAUGAAGCGAGAAUACCUAUCGUCAAAGAGGGGAAUUGAGAAGUCAGCAUUUCGCCUGCCCAAAUUCAUCGCCGAGACUGGAAUUGCAGAGAUGCGCGACGCAGUGUUGGAGAAACAAGCAGAGCAAACUUUGAAACAGAAGCAGCGAGAACGAGUCGCGCCAAAGAUGGGCAAAUUAGACAUCGAUUAUCAAAAGCUCUACGAUGCUUUCUUCCGGUUCCAGACGAAACCUGAGCUGACGCGAUUUGGCGAGGUGUAUUACGAGGGCAAGGAAACCGAGGUCGACUACCAGCACUUUCGUUCUGGCGAGUUGAGCGAUACGACAAAAGAAGCACUUGGUAUGCCACCCGGAGCACCACCUCCCUGGCUCAUCAACCAGCAAAGAUUCGGCACCCCUCCCUCCUACCCUACUUUAAGGAUACCAGGCUUGAACGCGCCGCCGCCGCCUGGCGGAUCAUGGGGCUUCCAUCCUGGUGGCUGGGGCAAGCCGCCGGUUGACGAAUUCAACCGCCCCUUGUACGGUGGUGAUGUUUUUGGCCUCACAGCGCAAAAUGGUGCUACUGGCCAAACCCAGGCUGCGCAGCCCCAGUUAUCUAACGGAGACUCUGUUGAACGAGCACUAUGGGGAGAGUUACAACCUCGUGAAGAAGAGUCUGAAGAGGAGGACGAGGAAGAGGACGAGGAAGAAUCCGAGGACGAGGAUGUCCCUGGCGGCACCGAAACUUCUACCGGACUCGAAACACCAGGAGGCUAUGCCAGCACGGUACAUCCCGAUUAUUCACAACAGGGUGUCGAAACGUCGAUUGCCGGCGAGAUGGAUCUACGCAAAGAGCGACGUGGAUUCGACACCGAGGAGUCCUCUGCCCCUCGCUCUGCCUACACAGUUGUACCUGAGCGGCAGGUCCGUGCCGAGGGCUUCUUUGGCAGCGACCGCGCCUACGAUAUCAAUGCCGCUCAGCGCGCUGCGACGGCUGGUAUGCCCGUGCUGGGCGCAGAUGACGAUUCCCGGAAGCGGAAGAAGCCUGGCGAUAUAGACGUGGCCAUCGACGUCGACUCGUUGAAUCAGCAAGGCGGUCUUAGCAAAGAUGAGCUGCGGAACAGAUAUGACGCCAGUCAAAAGGAGGAAGGCAUCGGUGCGAGAUGGGCUUAUGACGAGGACUUGAGCCAGAUGAUUGCUGAAGAGAGUAGGAAGCGACAGCGUACUGAGAAGGAGCUCAAUGAGAAGAAGCGAGAGGGCAAAUAUAAAUUUUAAUACGGACCGGGAAAUACGCUCUCUGUCUCUCUCAUCUCGGCUAUGGGAAACAUAUACUACAUAUAUGGCCGAGUUUAGUUGGAAAAUGGGAACCAGGAUGAACGGCGGUAGAGCGAAUGACACUUCUUGUUGUGCUCUAAUUAAAUCAAAUAGUAGGAGAAAGAAACGGAACAUGGAAUGUGGAAACACUGGAGUUUUUUUGUUUUUGAUCUUCAGGAAUUUCAUGUAUAGUAAAAUCUAAAGGCUUCAUUGAUACCAUUAAACAUUUUCGCUCUUCUCUCGUGUCGCGCCUGGCCAACUUUAGCCACCAUCAGAUUUGGAUAGUGGAGCAUCUUCUGAUGUACUACUUGGGCCUCCCAGCUCAUCAAUUCCAGAAAACACCUCUACUCUUUCUACCAAGUCUGUCUCUCGAGUUGGUAAGUGGUAGUCUGCCCAAAUCAAGUGAUUCAGAAGCCUUUUAGCAGAGGAC